GCUUUCAACGUAAUCAUCCGAAAACUGAACCGGUAGCCAGCGCCAGUCGGUUUCGCGGGGCGAAUUCCGUAGGUCGAGCGGAGCAGGAGAGCGGACCCUAGGUUGGGAAGGGGCGAGCAUGUACACGAAAUCCAGCACGAGACAAGGAGAGGGCUUGCGGGCGUCAUCGUACUUGAGGUUAGGUGCGGCAGAGAACUUCAAGGUUUUUUCCGCACUUAAAGAUUAGGAUCCAAGGUGUUUUGACGGCAAGCACGAGUUUGUAGCGGAGGAGAAAGAAGUCUAGGUUUUUUACUUCCUAGUAUUUUUCUGCUGAAAGGUAAUGCACAAUUCAUCAUCAGGGCAGGCUGCAAAGCCAAAGGCAGGUUCAUCUCAGCUAUCAGAGACUUCUUUGAAGCGCAAGCGUGGAAUGUUUCAGAAGGAUUUGCAGCACAUGAUGUAUGGCUUUGGAGAUGAUCCAAAUCCCCUUCCAGAAACAGUUGCACUUGUUGAGGACAUUGUUGUGGAGUAUAUCACUGAUUUGGUGCAUAAAGCCCAAGACAUCGCAUCCAAGAGGGGAAAGCUGCUAACGGAGGACUUUCUCUAUCUAAUUCGGAAGGAUUUGCCAAAACUUCAUCGAUGCACCGAGCUUUUGUCCAUGAAUGAGGAGCUCAAGCAGGCAAGGAAGGCUUUUGAGGUAGACGAAGAGAAGCUGACAAAUGUUGAUUAAGAUGGUUAUGCCAGUUGCACAUUAUAUUCAAUCAAAAGUUCUCAUGCUAAAUAUGCUAAAUAUGAACAUUUUCCUAUAUAUCAUGCAAUUCUUAUGUAUUUACAUAUUUAGCGCUCCUAAAUUUUAUAAUCACAUGUAUAAGAUUCAGAAUUUUCACACCACAUAAAAAUAAGUCCACGAUGACUAACUAUUUAAAAGUGAACUCAUCUUUUUCAUGC